UUGAACAGUGGCUUAGAACGGCACCAUGCAGCUGAAUUUCAGUGGCCUUCGGGCCCUGGUGACAGGAGCAGGAAAAGGGAUCGGACGGGACACGGUGAAGGCCCUUCAUGCCUCAGGAGCCAGAGUGGUGGCUGUGAGCCGCACCAACGGUGACCUGGUCAGCCUCUCCAAGGAGUGCCCCGGGAUAGAGCCUGUGUGCGUGGACCUGGGUGACUGGGAGGCCACGGAGAAGGCUCUGGGCGGUGUGGGCCCUGUGGACUUGCUGGUGAACAAUGCCGCCGUGGCACUGAUGAAGGCUUUCUUGGAGACCACCAAGGAGGACUUUGACAGGUCAUUCAAUGUGAACCUGCGCGCUGUGCUCCAGGUGUCCCAGAUCGUGGCCCGGGGCAUGAUCAGCCGUGGAGUGCCUGGCUCCAUUGUCAAUGUCUCCAGCAUGGUGGCCCACGUCACCUUCCCCAACCUAGCUGUCUACAGCUCCACCAAGGGUGCAAUGACCAUGCUGACCAAAUUCAUGGCCAUGGAGCUGGGACCAUACAAGAUCCGGGUGAACUCCGUGAAUCCAACGGUGGUGCUGACAGCCAUGGGCCAAAAAGCCUCGGCUGACCCUGAGUUCUUCCAGAAGCUGAAGGAGCGCCACCCGCUGAGGAAGUUUGCAGAGGUGGAAGACGUGGUGAACAGCAUCCUCUUCCUGCUCAGCGACCGCAGCGCCUCCACCAGCGGGUCGGGUAUCCUGGUGGACGCCGGGUACCUGGCUUCCUAGAGCGCCACGCCUCCACGCCCCGCCGCCCCGCCCUCAGGCCUUCAGGGCCACCAGGCAACACUUCUCCACGCCCUAGACCACGCCCCCGACGCCAUCCACGCCCACUCCCAGACCUGCACGCCCCGGCCCACGGUAUGGUCCCACCUCCACGACACAACUCGGCAGCGCCCCACCAGCCUGCAACCCCAUACCUGCCCCACCCCGCCCACCCCCCGAACCAGACCACAUUCCUCCACACCCAAUAUGUGGGUGCCAGGAGACCCAGUCCCUCCUGCUCCCACCCACUGUGUGGUCCACUGUGCGGUCCACUGUGCUACGUUGGAUUUGCCUAAAUAAAUAGAAGCCAUUCUCCUGAAA